AUGGCGGAACAUGUACAAGUAGAACCGACGAUCUCCAGUCUUAACGAUAGGCAGUUUAAACGCCUUCUCGACGAUGUUCGGGGAGAUAAUAGUUCCAGGUGAGUCUUUCUAAGAAAAGUGAACGAUGUUAAACUUAAAUUCCUUGAGAAAGAGGGGUCAUGAUCUUAUAUUAGCCUAACUCUACCUGAACAUAAAGCUUAUCAUUUUAGUAAAUGGCGUAUUUCCCGUUGCUUGCUGUAAUAUAUUUUGUUUGUUUUCAUUUCCUUUGAACUUGUUUGUUGCAUCAAAUUCAAGAGCAUUUUUAUUUCGUCGGAUUAACGGUUGUGUGUGCUGAUUUUUGUACAAAGUCGAAUUUUUCUUUUUUGACGGCUUUGUAACUCGAUUCUAUAAUCAUGUUCCUUGUUCAGAAAUCGUACAUUACAGUCGUUGUUGUCGAUUUUCUUUGUCUGUAACACUAAGUAACAAAUCGAACUUGUUUCUUCAGGGAGCAGUUUUUUCUCCUUCUCAAUCAAAAGAUACAAGUUGCUACAGAUGUUGCGUUUUUGACACAUUUAAAAAGCGAAAACUAACAGCUGUUUACUUAAAUAUUGGCAUCCAAUAAUUGUACACGCACAAGUCUUUAGUUUGUCACGCAUUUCCGCAAGGACACGUGUAAAUCUUGGGUUUUACAGGAGUGGUCAAUUUAAGUGAAUUGGAGCAAAUAAAGAAAAAACAGUUUGUACGAAGCCCUCUGAACUGCUCGGGUGUAUAAAAUGUUUUAUACAAAUCUCGACAUGCAGAAGGUCAUUGAAAACGCAACUUCAAGGUACUGGUUCAGCAUGUUUGAUGUUGAGCUUUGAACUUUGUUUUCUUGCUUUAAACUACAACUCUCAUUUCACUGAAUUGAAGAUGCAAAUACUUUUAAACUUUUUAUAAAGUAACUUGAAAAACAGUACUGUACGAGCUUCUUAUGCUAGAAGAGAAUCGGGUUAGGGCAGAUUGUUUCUACAAAAACUGCUGUACUAACUACAUCAUGUCUUGGUCAAGUAUUAUUUGAGUAUUUUCACUUUAGUUUAAUGAUCAUUUCAAACAUUCAUGUAUCAUUAAAUCUUAAACUGUAAGCUUCAGGUCCUUCAGUAUGUUAUAUGUACAUGCUUUUUUGCAAAUGAAACAUUCCUUUGAAGGUAAUUUUCUCAGUUUUAAUAAUUGAAAAAGAUGUUGUUGGUAUAAGAUAAUUUUUUUUUGGUGAAGUGACAUAUGGAGCUUAAAUUUGCUCUGUAAAUUCCCCAGUUUAAUUAACACACACUGACUGUAUAAGUUGUCGUUAUUAUAAGGUUACCUGUACUGUACUUUUUCUGAGUUCCCCAAUUUGGCAAUUUGCCAUUUUGUGUCAAAAAGGUCAAGAAAAGGUUUGGAUGUAAGGAGUGAGCUCAUGGAACAAACUUUUUAGGUUGUUGUUUGAGGUUAACAUUUUACUACAUUUGGGUGUGUACUUUAGGAUUUCAAGUGGAUAUUUAUUGAAAAAGGUCUGCACCACUGAUAGUAAUAAUAUUAUUAUUUCAGUGGAAAGUUCAUGUGUGGAGUAAAAGUGAAGAAUCUCUUUCAAGUUUAAAGUUCAAUUUUCUUUUGGUGCGGUUACACUUUCUGUUAUAUUAACCUUUUUUUAUGAUCUGCUCUGACAGUAAGUAAAUAGUAACACUUAAGGCACUAAUUCCUGUGAGAAAAAAAAAGCAAAAAAGAGGCGGAUGAUGAUAAUUGUACAAAGGUUUUGUCCAUGUAUUUUGUAAUAUAUUCUUAAUAAUUAUUAUAUUUUUAAAUGAGUAUGUAUACAAAGUCAGCCUUAAUUUUUUGGCACAUGAUUACAAUGUGAUGAGUCACACAUACUCAAUGUGAAGAAAGUAGUGUGAAAAAUUCCUUUGAAAUUCUUGCACUGUUUCUAAUUUGCCAGGAGUGUGCAACCCUCCUUUGAUGCUUGAAACUUUUACUUCACAUUAGUUGAGAUUUUUAACAGAUGGUAUUUAUAGUGGAGUGUAUAAGCUAGUGUAGCUACAUUCUCACAUCUAAGUCAAAUUUUGUAUUAUAAUAUUUUCAGAUAUUGUAUCUUUAUGAGUUCUAGGUUAACUUGUGGUACUUACUUGGUGCUUUGCGCCCGAGUUUCAGCAAUUUCUUUCUCUUGUCUUUGCGCAUUUCUUAUAUUUCAUAGGAAUGGUUAAGAAUAUAAUACAAGCCAGCCCAAGCUAGAGUAAAGCUGUGUUGUGUUUCUGCAGGCUUCUUUUAUAGUGUUUGUGAUAAGUUUUACAAAUGAUACUCUAGAAAGAAAUGUCAAAUUUUAUUUGACAGUCAGGUAGAUAUGGCUUUUCUACAUGCAUGUUGACUAUAGUGUUCAGUGCCCUGAUAAGAAAAACUGUGACAAAUAAUGUGGCCUUAAAAGAGAAACAUAAAGCCAAAGUAGUGGCCACAAAACUGUCAGAAGCUCGAUUCAGAAAAUUAUUGUGACACUGUAGGAGGUAAGUUCAAUAGUAAAGUGAAAAAGCAAAAAUGACAUCAUUUCUGUAUCACAAUGUGAAAUAAAGGUGUCACUAUCCACCUCCACCCUAAAAUGGCCUCAUGGAUAACUAUGGUCUUUGAACCCUUAAAGCCAUAACUUUUAUGAAGACCUGACUUCUCCUUACAUUGACAUUGAGUCACCAAUCAUAAAGUUCAUGAGAAACAAAGAAGUGAUCUUCUAAAUAUGAAUGUAUGACUGGCCCAUGAUGCCCUUCAUUAGGGAGGGGGCUGGGUGCUGUUUCUACUCUAUGUGGCUGUAUACUGUCAGGGGUAGGGUUUACUAGCAGUUUUGCUUUGGAUAGGUUGUAUAUUUUUUAGGGAGGUGUGGUCUUAUAAGUGUUGAGUAAGAUCAUCUGAUCAGUGGUAUAGAAUUUCUCAAGUUAAUAAAGUACCUGGAUGGUAGCAAUUCUUGUUGCCCAGUCUAAAAUAUUGUUCUGUUUGUUCUAAAUUUCUUAAUAGUAUGGUGGCAUUUUGCUCCCUUGCAUUUUGUCAGUCAGCUAUUUUCCCUGUCACCAAUAACAGUCCCAAAAGUCUUUGCGAAAGUAAACUCAGCCCAGUUUCCUUGUCAUUGUCAAAGUUGCAAUGGUUGAUGGUCUGUACUUCAUUUAAGACAAUGUAUAAUGUCCUGAGCCACACCCAUUUAUAAUUAAUGGGAACUGGGUUGACUUGUGUGUGUUUGGGUUUAUAUUUAGGGGAGGGAAAAAAUCUCCAGAUUUAAGAUCAUGAGAGGUUGGCAUUUCUUAUAAUAGUUAGCAAUCAUAACCUUUUAAUAUAAUGUCAUUUUGAAAUACAGUACAACAACAAGUAACAAAUUUUAAGGAUCAGUCUUUCUAAUCUGUGGUCGUAUAGAUUUUUUUGUAAGCCAUGGCUUUCAUGCUGUUGUAACAUUUUUGUUCUUUAAUUCAAGAAAAGUGGUUCUUGUUAAGGAUUUUCUUGUUAAACAUCUUAAGUUAGUUUAAGGAUUAGAUCCUUCUCCUACUUUGGCACUCAUCCUGUUAAUUUGUCUGGUUAAAAAGAAUUGGCCUUAGAAGUCUACUAAACCUGUGGGUUUCUUUAUUUUUUACUUUGGAUACAGGUAAAAGGAUUUAAUCUGCCGUAAAGUGCUUAAGUUACACUUUAUCCAAAAAGCAGUGGGCAUGCAACUUCAAAUUCUGUCAAUCAAUGAUAGUUUUUGUUUCCUAACUUAAGUUUUGCAAAAACUUGUUGUUAUCAUCAUUUAAAGUGUGUAUGAUGUAAAUAGAACAAUAGGCUGUCAGUUUUCGGGCCAGCUGCAGGGGCUUGCAUAAAAUCAAAAGUGCAAGGUCAGCUAGUGUUUUUGCCUAGUCCUAUUUGUAGUUCUCUGAAACAUUAUCGUCACUGAGCAGAAAUGAGUUACUUUUGUCUUGAGAAUUCCCUUUACUUCAAGCUCAAGAAUCUUAGGAUGCUAUCUCUUGCCCUUCCUCCAAAAAAGUAAAAGUGCGUGAAGUUGUCUUUGUAAGAGGUUGUAUCAUUGUUUGUAUAAUUUGCACCACUUUUUGUCUUCUUCCUUAACAACAAUGCUUUAACUAACAACAACAACAAGCAUUAACAAACAACAUUAACAACAAAAGAGCAUUUUGUUUCAUUGUUACUCAAUGAUCAUUUUAUAUAAGACGUGAGGAGAGAACCUUCACUUCCUACACCUCAGCAACCUUUUUUUAGUUUAUAAAAUGAAAUUUAACAAUUUGGUCAUCCAAAUAAAAGCUGCUGAGGAAACACACUUUCACACAGUUUUUUAUAAGCUGUUUAGUUAUUUUUAUUAUUUUUAAGUAGUGUUGUCAUAAUUUUUUUUUUUUGAAGGAGUUCUUGUCUUUUUGCCAUUUUCAGUAAUUUGCACUUGUAACCUUGUAUUUUAAUUGAUGUUGAGUUGCAAGAUUAUUAUAAGUAGGUUAUUUGCACCUGCCAGAACAAAAUUAAUCUCUUUUGAGGAUACACACAGUAUGUUGACAGGUGCUUUUCUGUAUGUUGAGAAAAGGGAAAAACCCCUCCACCUCUGAUCAGGACAUUCAAUAGUUUUUUUGGUUAUGUUAGGUUUCUGGGACCAAGAUAGUUAAUGUUAAUUUGCUUCUAGAAUUUUUUUUAAAGGAUAAUUACAGGGUUUGUUUUGUUAUAGUAAGAAAAACUACCAUCAAUUCUUUAUUUAGUCACAGACUGUUGAACUUCUGAAAUCACCUCGCUGUUACAGAGGGAUCAAAUGUCCUUUGUUCUUUUAAUUUUAUUAUCUGGGGAUGUUACACAAGAGCUGUUAAGAUAACAGAAUGACAAGUUGUUAUGUAAAGAUCAAAGUUUUUGUUUUUAUAAGCAUUUUGCUGGCAUGGUCAUCACAUGUGUGUAUUGUCUCCUUUGUUUUUAUGUUAAUCUAAUUGGUUGAUCUCACAAUGCUCUUUGUACCUCACCAGUGUAAUGUUGGCGCAUAAACAAUACUUGGCACAUUAUAGUGUGAUUAUUGUCAACUUAUUACAUGACACCAGUUAAACCUUUAAAGCCUAGUCAGCGUUGAUUAUUCUUUCACUUCACAUGGCACAGAAUCUUUUCAGGUCAGGCAGUGUACAGGGGAUUUUAUCUUAGAGUUAAACAGACAUAUCUUUUGCUAACUAAAAUGUGUAGCUUAGAUGGUGUUCAACUCCCGUCAAAGAUGUGGCCAGAUCACAAAGAUUUUAACUUUAGGUAUAAUGCAUUACUUUACUAACAUCAGGAUUCCCUUCUUUGUAUGUGUUUUUUGAUAAUUUGUUGUCUUUGCUAAGGUGUACAUGCUGGUACCGUACUAAGAUGAAGCUUCAUCUUUGACUUGAAGUAUUGACCCACAACUCUACUUCAGGUUGAAAUGUUGCAUUUUCUGUUGUAUUCAAUGAAAGGCUUAGGUUCUUUGGGGUGACAACCAAAAAACUGCACAAAGUUUGUGAUAAUCUGCAUGAGGCAUCAACUUAUGUCACCCAACAAACUUUGUCCAGCUAUUUUAAGAAGCAGUGUAAUACCUGAUGUGGUUGAAAUCCAUAACUGUUAACCUUUCUAAUUUUAGUAUUUUUGUUAACUUCUGGAAGACUUAUAUUUUGUUUUGAUUUUUUUGCAGUUUCCUUUCUAUGGGUGAAGGUAUGUAGAAAAAAGUCUUACAUGUUUUUGUUGAGAUAUUUUACAAGCAUCUUUUAGAGAGAGAGAAAAGAAGAAAUGUUGAAAUCAAAGCAUUUUUAUUUAGGUUAUAUCCAUGAGUGUGUACCAAAAAAAAUGAAGUGUACAAGAGCUCUUGUGUCACACAAGAGUUCUUGUUUGCCUUCCCAUGGUCAAUAUAAAAUGUACUGGUAAACUACUAAAAUUCAAUCUUGAGCAAAAGGUAAUGUUUUGCUUUAAAAUUAAAUUUAGCAGAUGUAAUUUUUGAUGAAUCUCUGUCUGUAGGAUGUAAAUUGAUAUUGCCUGUAUUGUUGUCCUUGUAUUUUGUUACCGUACGGAUUUCCUUCUGAAGUAAUACGAGACAAGAAAGGCCAGAAAAUUAAAUUACACCUUUGACACCCUGAGUGGAUGUCUCUAUUGGUCAUGUCUAAAAGUGUUUGACAAUUCCAUUUACAUAUAUUUGAUAUGCAACUGUGAUGACUUCUGAUCAAAAUGAUGGCAAUCCCUGGAGAAAGAGAUCUUUCGAAUUAGGGUUGAUGAAGGAAUAAUUGUACAAUAAUGGACUGUAAGAUUUGUUAAUUGCUCAUAGCUAGAUCUGCUCAAGGUCAAAAUCUACUCCAUGAGAUGCAGUUAGAUGGCAGCUUAGGCACUUGAAAGUAGAAUUAAUAGAUACGCAAUAACUUCCUCCAGGCCUUCACAGUUGUUGGGUUAACCUUUUUCUUCCUUUUUUUGUUGUUUUUUCAGAUUCCCACGAGCCAAUGAGUUUUACUGCAGGAGACAUGAGAUUUGGUCAGCAAUUUCAAGUAAGAAAUCAAAAUAUAUUUAAGUUCAAGAUUGUGCCCAUUAUUGUCAACCGGCUUUUAGCUUUGUAAGCAAAAAAUACAAUUCUGAACAGAAUGUUAUUUUGUUUUAUUGUGCUUAAGGUUGGCAACUUCCUUAUUAUAGUUUAAGAGCCAUUGAAUUCCUUCUUCCUGCCCUUAUUUGCUGUAUUAAGGCCUUAAAUGUUAGUAUUGGAAAUAGAUGAGUAAAUUUCCUUGUCAUAUGAUUUGCAUAUAACAGCAUCUUUAUGCAAAUGUCUCCUUAGAGUAGACAAUAUAACUUUUAAACAACACUAGCGAAAGUUUCACCAGGAACUGUGGAAAAUUAGGAUAACAUGGGAUUAAUGUUCCUAAAUUUAGUUCCUGUGAUCAGCAAGGGAUGUGUUUUUUGGAUUUUUCACUGGUUGUGUCAUUACUUGAGUUAAAUCAUGCAUUGAUAUCAGUCUUCUUUAGAGGAUCUUAAACUUGCAAUUUUAUUGCCAAAAAUUGUUUAAUUUUUUUGGUAAGAGUUUUCCAUAUCUUCUUUGGUUAGUGAAGGAGGUGGUACACUGUAGCAAUAUUGAGCAAUGUUGUUCUAUUUUUGUGUUUUAGUAGGAGGGUGGACACUGAGCUAAUUUUAGCAAUAAUUGUUGACCGUAAAAUCUCAAGUUUUGUUUUUGUUGCUUGCAAGUGCCACAUUUUGCGAAUUAAACCAGUGUAAAUUUUUACUUACAAAAAAUGAAAUAAAGCCAAAAGCAUUAGGGAAAGAAUUGCUUUAAGGUAACCAUUUUAUACCAAAGAAUGCCUCACACAAACAGUGAUCAGGUAGAUCAUGUAUUUCAUUUCAUUUUAAAUUCUGAAAACUCUGUGCCUGUGAGACAGUCAAAGCAGCAAUAUUUCAUUUGAAUUGUCGUACUGGUACUAUUUAGAUAGUACUAGUUAUCUAUAUGUGUACUACAGAUAUUCGCCUCUGAUAUUAAGAGGGUAAACUGACUUUGAAUUUUUAAUAAAUUUUUUGAAAAAAUAUUUUAUAUGGAAGGUGUGACAGAGGCACUCUGACAACAGGAACUGAAAUACAUGUGCAAUAAAAUUGUUACAUCAGAGAACUGUUUAUGCAAGUGAGCUUAUCUAUACAAAAUCUAUUUUUCUUCUCUUGGACAGGGCGUAACGAUGACAAGUUCUCCAUCAGAGUUGCCGACAUCCAGCAGUCCCCAGCCAUCAUACUCAAAUCCCCCUGCCUACCCAUAUAACAUCGGUCAUACAGCAUACUCCCCGAGUAGCUCUACUGGGAAUAGGAAUGCAUCCAUUUCACCCAUCAACACCAGUCCUUAUGACAAUGUAAGUAAAUUAUUAUAAUUUUUCCAGAAAGAAUCCAUAUUUCCAUCACAUAGGGUUCAUUGUUUUUAAAGAUGGUAAAAGUAAAGAGUCCUUAUUUUAUAAAGUUACUGUAGCUCAAACGGUCAUCAUUUGACUGCCAAACCUUACGCCAGCAGUGCGCACUGACUCUACCUCCUUCAGGGCUCAAUUUUAGGAUGAUUUUAAGCUACUUUUAAAUGUACAGGUACAUGGAAAGGAACGAAGUUGAAACAAGGAUUUGAGGCCACCUUUUUGGGACCUCUUGUACGGAGGGCUCUGCAUUAACUAACUGUGUCAGUCACAUGGGCUGAGCUUAUUUAAGUUUGCCCCUCACAAUUUCCUCUCUGGAAAUUCCACGUUAGGCUUAAAUUUCUGAAAGAUUUCAAGGGAAGUAUGACUUUUUUUAAAACAGCAACGUUGUUGCUUAAGAAAAGGCUACAUUUUUCUCAACAGGUGAGCAGCUUCAGUGAAGCGUCACCCCCAGGGCCAUCCAUGUCCCCUCCAAACAUGUUUUCUGUCGUUUCCCGACUGCCCACUAUUCCAAGUACAUCAGAAUACCCUGGUGAUAUGGGAUUCCAGAUUUCCUUUGGACCUUUGACUGAGUCAGCUUCAAAAUCUGCCACAUGGACCUAUUCUGAUGUGUGCAAAAAGCUGUAUGUCAAUCUGGCCAGUUUCUGCCCCAUCAAAUUCAAGACGAAUAUGCCCCCACCACCUGGCACUGUCCUGAGAGCCGUUGCCGUUUUCAAAGGGUCCACAAACCUUCAUGAUGUGGUGAAGAGGUGUCCAAACCAUAUGGAAAGCUCCAAUGAUGGUAAGAUAACAACUAUGCCUGAGAAAUAUUUGUGAUGUUAUUUGCAUAUUUUGGGUUGAUUAUGAUGCCGUAUGUGGGAAUAUUCAUGGGUGUAAAGUGACCAGCAUCAAGUAAAAAAGCUAAAGUGUUUUUUUCUAAUGUAGGGUCUGCUCCAAAGGAUCAGUUCAUCCGCAGUAACAAUCCCGCUGCUCAUUACCACACCUGUCCAGAGACCUUGCGGCACUCUGUGAUACUGCCAUACAAUGGUCCACAAGGUAAGAAAGAUGGCUUGUCCACACCCAGGACCUCUUUUUAUGCAUUACUCUACCAUCUUAUAUAAACACAUUGAAAUCAGGCAAGAUGUUGAAAACACAGCCAGCCUGUUUCAUACAAUAUAGAGGUCUUAGCUGAAGUUGCGAGAGUUAAGUUCUAGACUGUCCAUUACUGAAAUAGUAAUAAUAAAAAAACAUGGUUUUGCUAGUGCACUAGACUGAUUAGCAUUUUACAACACCACCCGGCAAAUUGAAAUUGAAGUAUUUUUUAUUGAAAUAUUUAUUUAUGUUUGGUUUGUAGUGGGGACUGAAUAUGUGACAGAGAUGUUUGCGUUCAUGUGUUUCUCGAGCUGUGCUUCUGGUCCCAGUAGAAGACCAGUUGAAGUUAUCUUUACUUUGGAGAAGGAUGGACAGACUCUUGGUCGACGAGUUGUUGAAAUAAGAGUCUGUGCCUGUCCUGGAAGAGACAGAAAAUCUGAUGAAAGAACAGCUUGUGGCGAACCAAGUUCAUCUCAGGCAGCUGGAAAGCGCUCCAGAAAAGGUGUGUAUUAUUUUAACCUGGAAAAGUGUGUACAGAAAUGUUUUAAAAGGAAAUUAAAGUUAAGUUUUAAGUGCGACUUCAGUUUUACUAUAAUGUCAUCUGCUUUCUUCUCUUUACAGGAUCUAGUAACAGGGGACCUGGUGCUAAAAGACGGCGAACCAGCUCAAGAAACAGCACAGACGAAGAAUUUGUCAUAACAGUAAGUUGUUAAACAAUAUUAGUGCCCUUAGCGUCCAGUAGCGCUUGUUUGAAAAAGGGUUUCUCGAUGAUGAAAUGACAAAACUUUACUUGGUCGGGAAAGAGGUUUUUUGCAUUAUAGAGAGAGAAGAAAGUUUUUUGGUAGCAUUAACCUUCACCUAUUUUUCUUAUCUUCCAGACCAGAAGUCGACACGUUUAUGACUUGUUGCUAGAUAUCAAGGAAAAGUUGGAGGACAAGUUUGAGUCUCUGAAUAUUGAUACUUUGUAAGUAAACAACAAGAAAUCAAACAGUCAGAAUCUGACGAUUUUAAUAUCCUGCUUAUUAGUUUUCGUGUGAGUUACCAAUCACAAUUUGAACGUCUUUUUCGAUGAUAAUGUUGUUGAAAUUGGUAGUGUUGUUGGUAAUCCGUUGACACUUUCCAUUAAAACUAAACUUUUUCAGGCCAGUUUCUGCUCCGUUUGUACCAGUUACAGGAGAAUAAGUUUCCGUUGCUAUCCAAACACUUUUUAUGGACUAGUUUUUCUGAGUGUGAAAAAUUAUCGUGAUCUUAUUUUGCUAGUGAAAAUUCUUCCUCCUUGGUAAAACGUUCGUAUCAUAUUGUACCUUGUACCGAGUUCCUUAGUAAGCUCUUACAGUUCGUCCAUUAGCUGGUCACUUGAAAGUACGUGCUCUCUUAAAAACUUUUUUAUUUUUAAACCUCUUAGAGCGGAACAACAAAAGUUAACAAAAGAUUAAGAUUUGAAGCUUUAGUAAAUCUAAUAAAUUCUGGUCUGUGGUGGCCCAUUUGAGGACUUAAUGGUAUCCGGCAAUUAAAAAAAAACGAUCUGUUUUUUACGUUUCUGUAACGAUCCACAACGAGGUGACAAAAAACGAAAACGAGAUAUAUUAACUAGUUUAAAAGAAAAGAUUAAACAUGGUCGGUUUUCCAAACUUUGCUUUGAUAACUCCCAUAAAGUUUAAACAAAGUGGUUUAUUGUUUACAGUUUGUUUGUUACAUUUGUGUCAAAGUUUCAACUUUGUAUCACGUUUUUAUGCCAAAACUCCAAGAAAGUAAUGUAUCACCAAAGAAUCGACAAUCUAGUUCCAGUUGUAUUUUUGAAUAUUACAAUUCAAAAGGGUGAAGUACGUUUUUUCAGAAAACCUCUGUUUUACUCAGCUCGAACUUUGGCCGCCUCGGAAUAGUUCGAAAUAUUUUUUGUCCGCUGAUGGGCGUUGCUUUUGCCGUAAUUUUCCGGUGAAUUGAACUUUGUCUUAUAACCACUCAAAUAUAUCUCAGCUCUUUGUUUGUUUUUAAGUUUCAUUGCAAGGUUAGUGCAAACACGAUCUUCAAACAAUAAACCUUUUUUUCUCUCUGCAUCUCGGAAGGUUAUGUUUUUGGUUCAUAAAUUGUUUCUUUUUUGGUAAACACGAUCUUUGUCCUUAUGAACUUAUUCUUUGGCUUUCACUGCUUUUGUACGUAAACACGACCUUUACAUCGUACGAUUGUCGCUAUCUUGUCUGGCGACCUCUGUUGUAGAACAAUGGAUUGUUGGCAAGUUUUGUUGUCAAAUUAAAGGGCUGAAAACGUGUCAAAUGGUGUGAUUUCAAAGAUCACAGCGUGUUUGCAGUCGCGAUGCAUGACCGCUACUGCCAACUUUUAGUCGUGAUCAGAACAAAAAAAAAUUGCAUGAGAACUAUUGAGCAGUAUGUUUGUGUUUUGUUAGCUUGUUUUACUUUCCUUUUUCUAUUGUAAACCUUUUGUUGUCAGCGUUGUCAAGUUCUUUGUUAUUGUUUUUGCUUCUUACGUCUGCCAAUUAAUUCCCCAGCAAGGUGAUCAUAAACAUUGCUUUGUUUUCGACAGAGCUGCCAAAAAUUUGCCCUGACAUGCAUUUUGCGUUGUAAGCAAUACGUGUUGACCAUCUUUUUUCGAUUCUAAACCAAUUAUUUGCCGGCCUUUUAAGUCUGUGUAAAAUAUUAUGAUUGUUUCUCGGACAUGAAGUUCAGUUGAGAUAGGGGAGUGAGUAUAGUUAUCAAAGCACAGCAUUGCCAGCGUUCAAGUUUACCUCCGUCGAUUAAAUCGUGAAUUGCGUCUUGGCAAUACUGUUUACUGAUUUGCUACAGUGGCAGUUUUAACUGUAAUUAAACAAAGUAGCAAUUCGCAAAGUUGUUGGAUUUUAGCUCCAUUAGUUCUGUAUUUUUUUUCCUAACCUCCUCCCAUGCAUUGUGAACUUCAAAGUUAGACCUGUCCACUUAGUAAUGUUUUUAAGUGCUGCUCUUUGUAGAUUUAGCUACGUUCAUUUGUCAUCUUUGUGUUGAACACCACCUUUGCUAUUUCUUGGUAGGGUUCUAAGCACUUCUGAAGACGAAGGAGAACAACCUUCAACAUCUGGAAGUCCUGGCUCUGUGUACAAGCGAGGUGGCAUGUCGAUGUAAAACAUUUACCAUGCGGCAAGAGGAAGCAGCUUUGCUCCCUUCAUUGUUUCGCUUCAGCGAAGCUUGUGUGGCGCCAGCGGGUAUCUUGCAUGCGUCAUAAGCGUUAUUUUUUGUUUGCCGUUUACACUGGUAGCUAAAAACUAUUGUUCGGGUCUGUUGAAAUUUUGUUUUUCUUGAUCAAUUUUGCUGUGCUUUUUCGUAGUUUGUUAUUUUAGCGCUUCGUUGUUGUUCGUUCAAAGUCUUUGUGGGCUGAUUCAAGCAAAGCUUUUGUUUUUGUUACAAUCAAUUUCCUUUUGAAUUUUAGCUAUCAGUGUGAAAAGAGAGAGGCCUGUGAGAAUCUGCCGUUAUGUUUUCGGUUAACUUGAGUGUAAGGUUCACAUGUUCUUGAAUACGCUGAGCCAAAACAAUGUUAUCCCUCUUACGAUACUUCAUAUUUUUUUCCUUCGGUUAUUUUUGGUGGAUAUUGCUUAUUUUUUUUAAAGCAUUUUUGAAGAUGGUGUUUGGUGUACUCAUUCAGGCCUCUCAAAAAGGCUUUCUUCGUUACAGAAGUAAGCCACAUUUUGCUUUAAAUUUUCCUUAACAUGCGAGGUUAGGCUUUCGUUUGAGUAAAGUAAGACGCGCAUGUCUAAAGAGUAUUUCAUUGGGGGAUAUAAUCUUUGGUUUUUACAGAGUUCAUCUCCCAAUGUUCCGCUUUACGCUAGGCGUGAAAAAGCAUCGAGCAGUGAUUUUAGCUGUGAAUAAUAAUUUAUCGCAUUUGCUUUGUUGUACGAAGCUGAUUUAGCCGUUAAGGUUUGCUAAUCGCACAAAAUUGUGCACAAUGAUGAAGUUAUUUCAUUAUUAAAACCGCGCGACGAAAUUUUGGUUUUACAGAAUGGAGUUGCAUAUAUGUUUGAUUAUAAAUUGAUUUUUUAUCUAUAUGCAACUUGUAAAAUGAAGCAUUUCCAAACAAUACUGCAUAAAUUUCGAAAUUGUAAGCCUCUUUCCCGUAACCUCUUUCAAAAUUUUCAUGUCGCUACUGCGACUGUACUGAACGAACCUUUCAUUCGCUUUUGUUCCUGAAAGUUGGCGCCUUUAGCUUACUCUAUUGAGGGAAAAGACGAGAGCUAUGGGCAACGCCCCCAAGGUCUUGAUAUUGUAAUCUUCGGUUUUAGUGCUACUGUUCAUCACGGUCUUCUGUAUAUCCACUGACUUGGAAAUUGUGCGUUACUUUUCCCGGUUCAAGGCGUUUUU